GUCACACGCCAAAAGUCGCGCCUGCCUUCGGCCCAUCGCGUCUCCCCUGAUCGCGGUCAUUUCAUCGAGUCGGGAUAGGCACCUCUUUCUUUGCCGGACAACAACUAGUUCUCCUGUCAAUGGCCUCUGGUAACUUGCAAUUAUGGACUUCCCUCGCCGAGAUGGAUCUCCAACCAACAACAAGCGGCGAUUCUUUACUGAUCCCGACGAUCCCACCAAGGCUCAGAGUCAGCUCCUCACGCCCCUCACUCCCCUCAGCUCUUCGCCAGCACCUAAGCGGCGACACCUCGACGACGAAGAACCGAAUCCUCGCCUUCACCUGAAAGCCAAUGCAAAUGCAACUGCCACUGCCACUGCCACUGCGGUUGGCUUCUGGGGCUCGCCUACCCGGCGAUCUCCCCUCUCCGAGAGAGGUGUAGACGACACAUUCAAUCGAACCUUGACAGCCCCAUCCUCCAAGACUGCCGCUGCUCCGAUGGCAUUUGACCAGGAUAUGUUCGAAAGUUUCGUCGGAGACAAGGUCAAGCCCGAAGUGCUUGAUAUUAUACGAGACAAGUGUGGCAACAGCAUUGAGAGGGCAGUCAACAUGUACUUGGACGGCACCUGGAAAGUCUUCAAGAAGGAACCGUCCACCCUUGGUUCUCGAGCGACUAUGACGACGACGACGACGACGAUUGCUCAGCCAAGAUCCCUUCCUGCAGCGCAAGGCACCACUCCGGCCUUUGCACAACCCACUACUCCUCCUCGCCAGACCGUUCCCCACUCGCGGUACAUCGGAGCAUUUGGCGUUGAAGGGUGGGCGACACGAAGCGGGGCCAAUCUCCUGAAUCACGGCGAUGUUGUCAAGAUCGAGCGCCAGAAGAUCCAGCCACCUAAAAGCAUGAUCAAGGGAAAGGACAAGUUUGGGGCUCCUGUUAUCACGCAGCGUGUGAGCCUCGCUGCGGCCAGGAGAGUCGAUGUCAUCGUCCGCUUCACCAACACAAAUGGCAUGGAGAUUGGGCGGCUCUCGAAAGACACGGCCAACUGGAUCUCGACUUUGAUGGACCAGAAGGUUGUCAAGUUCGAAGGGACAUGUGUUUACGCCCCAGAGAGACUGCGAACCAACGACACGGUCUUCAUCCAGCUCAGAUGCUCUCUUCUCGGCUCUGCAUUCUCCGGACGAGGUUUCCAGCUUGCCGACAAUCGAAGUGUCGGGCUUUUUGAGCAGACCGAGACUUGGGAAGAGCAGAACUUGCGCUUGAGGCAGGUGGCACUGGUCAGGCUCUUCCAGGAGAUCAAUCUACUGCCUUCCAAGAGCAGCGAAACUGCUGCCAAGAGCCAGCGCCAGAAACUCCUUGAAGCGGCCGAACUAGCAGAGAAGAAGGCGAAGGAGCCCCCGAAGACCACCGACGGCGACAAUCCAGGAUCAUCACCUCCUUCCGAUGAGAAUGAGGACGGAGAGGAACUCGAGCAAGAUCAGCUCGAUAGCCUGUACAAGAAGGCGCAGUCGUUCGACUUCAACACCCCGGAAGCCGAGCCAUCCGACACAUUCUCCAUGACCCUGCGCCCCUAUCAAAAGCAGUCGCUACACUGGAUGAUGUCCAAGGAGAAAGACCAGCGCAGCGAGCAUCGCGAGGUAUCAAUGCAUCCUCUUUGGGAAGAAUACGUGUGGCCGACCAAAGACCACGACGACAAGGAUCUUCCCCAAGUCGCCAACCAGCCAGUGUUUUACAUGAAUCCCUACUCCGGCGACAUAUCAUUGGACUUUCCAGCUCAGGAGCAGCGCUGUCUGGGUGGGAUCUUGGCCGACGAGAUGGGCCUGGGCAAGACGAUUCAGAUGCUGAGCUUGAUCCACUCGCACAAAUCCGAUGUGGCCAUCGAGGCUCGCCAGUCGUCCAACUCUGGGUUUUUAGCUAAAUCCCUUGCCCGACAUCCACCGGGCCUGGUCAACGCCCCAUGCACGACGCUGGUUGUUGCACCCAUGUCGCUGCUAGCACAGUGGCAUAGUGAGGCAGAGAGGGCAUCAAAAGCAGGAACCCUCAACUCUAUGGUCUACUACGGGAGCGAAAAGAAUGCCAAUCUGCGGGACCUAUGCUGCGAGGCGAACGCUGCUACCGCUCCAAACGUCAUCAUCACAAGCUACGGAGUUGUCCUUUCCGAGUUCGGUCAGAUCGCCUCUAGAAACGGCGACCGAGGUGCUCACCAAGGGCUCUUCUCGUUGAACUUCUUCCGAGUCAUUCUCGACGAGGCACACACCAUCAAGAACCGACAGUCCAAGACGGCCCGGGCCUGCUACGAGAUAGCUGCCGACCAUCGCUGGGCUCUGACGGGGACACCUAUCGUGAAUAGGCUGGAGGAUUUGUUCAGCCUGGUCAGGUUCUUGCGAGUCGAGCCCUGGAACAACUUCUCGUUCUGGAGGACGUUCAUCACGGUACCGUUCGAGUCGAAAGAUUUCAUGCGGGCCCUCGAUGUCGUGCAAACAGUCCUCGAGCCCCUGGUCAUGAGGAGAACCAAGGACAUGAAGACGCCGGAUGGUCAGCCACUUGUGCCGCUGCCACCAAAGGCAAUCGAGAUCGUCGAUAUCGAGCUCUCCGAGGCGGAACGUAACGUCUACGACUACAUCUUCACCCGCGCUAAGCGUUCGUUCCAGGCCAACGUCGAUGCCGGCACCGUCAUGAAGGCCUUCACCAACAUCUUCGCCCAGAUCCUGCGGCUCCGCCAGUGCUGCUGCCACCCGGUCCUGGUCCGCAACCAGGAAAUCGUCGCCGACGAAGAGGCGGCGGCGGCCCUCGCGGACGCCGCGGCCGGGCUCGGCGACGACAUGGACCUGGCCUCGCUGAUCGAGAAAUUCACGGCGGAGACGGACGAUGCUGCCGACUCGAAUGCCUUUGGCGCGCACGUCCUCAAGCAGAUCCGCGAUGAGGCGGCCAACGAAUGCCCUAUCUGCUCCGAGGAGCCCAUGGUCGAACAGACCGUCACGGGGUGCUGGCAUUCCGCCUGCAAGAAGUGUCUCCUCGACUACAUCAAGCACCAGACCGACCGCCACGAGGUCCCCCGUUGCUUCCAGUGCCGUGAGGUCAUCAACUCGCGAGACCUGUUCGAAGUCGUCCGCGAGGAUGACCCCUCAGUGCUCGGCGGGGCCCCGCGGAUCAGCCUCCAGCGGCUCGGGGUCAACGCCUCGUCGGCCAAGGUGGUCGAGCUCGUUAAGCACCUCCGCGCGCUGCGCAGGGAGCACCCGACGAUGAAGUCGGUCGUGUUCAGCCAGUUCACGUCGUUCCUCUCGCUGAUCGAGGGGUCGCUGACGCGGGCCAACGUCAAGUUCCUGCGGCUGGACGGCACCAUGGCGCAGAAGGCGCGGGCGGCCGUGCUUGCCGAGUUCCAGGAGUCGGCGCAGUUCACCGUCCUCCUCAUCAGCCUGCGGGCGGGCGGCGUGGGGCUCAACCUGACCAGCGCGAAGCGCGUCUUCAUGAUGGACCCGUGGUGGAGCUUCGCGGUCGAGGCGCAGGCCAUCGAUCGCGUGCACCGCAUGGGCCAGGAGGACGAGGUCAAGGUCUACCGGUUCAUCGUGAAGGGCAGCGUGGAGGAGAGGAUGCUCAAGGUCCAGGAUCGGAAGAAGUUUAUGUUGGUCGCCUCUUCCACUCCACUCCCUCUUUGUGAAAUGAUCCCGAAACUGACCUAUUCCUCUAGUGCGACGUCCCUCGGGAUGAUGUCGGACGAGGAGAAGCGGGUGCAGAGAAUUGAAGACAUGAGGGAACUGCUCAGCUAAUUGCUUGCCUUGCGUUGGACGAGGCUUACAUGGAGAUAGAUAUGGGCAUUGGGGCAUUGCUUUGGAGUUUGGAGAAGGCGUUGGGGGGACUGGUUGUUCUCCAUCCAGGUUCAAGGGUACAAAGGUUCAAGAUUCGGGCUGCCGUUCAGGCUGCUAACAAAUGGAAGCGAUACCUU